UGAGAGCCUGAUGGAGUCCAGUGGAAAGGUCACGCCCCAGCUGAUGCUGGCCGUGGGAACGGCUGUGAUCGGCUCGCUCCAGUUUGGCUACAACACCGGCGUCAUCAAUGCUCCUCAAACUACCAUUGAGAACUUCUACAACGAGACGUGGAGCAGCCGGUUCUCGGAGCCCAUCUCUCAGCCCACGCUGACGGCCCUGUGGUCCCUGUCGGUGGCCAUCUUCUCCGUGGGGGGCAUGUUUGGCUCCUUCUCCGUCGCCCUCUUCGUGAACCGCUUCGGCCGGAAGAACUCCAUGCUCAUGGCCAAUGUCCUGGCCUUCAUCGCUGCUGCGUUCAUGGGCUUCUCCCAGCUGGCCGGCUCCUUCGAGAUGCUCAUCGUUGGACGUUUCAUCAUCGGUCUGUAUUCAGGCCUCUCCACCGGCUUCGUGCCCAUGUACGUUGAGGAGAUCUCCCCGACCUCGCUCCGGGGAGCGUUGGGCACGCUGCACCAGCUGGGCGUGGUUGUUGGUAUCCUCAUGGCACAGAUCUUUGGGAUCGACUCCAUCAUGGGGAAUGCCUCCCUGUGGCCUCUCCUGCUGGGUUUCACCGUGUUACCGGCGGUCCUGCAGUGCGCUCUGCUGCCCAUCUGUCCCGAGAGCCCCCGCUACCUUCUGAUCAACUGCAACGAGGAAACCAAGGCCCGCAAUGUGUUGAUCAAGCUCCGGGGCUCCGACGACGUGAGCGAGGACAUGGAGGAGAUGAGGGAGGAGAGCCAGAUGAUGAUGAGGGAGAAGAAGGUGACCAUUCCCGAGCUGUUCAGAUCGCCGGUCUACCGCCAGCCCAUCUUCAUCGCCAUCAUGCUGCAGCUGUCCCAGCAGCUGUCUGGAAUCAACGCCGUCUUUUACUAUUCGACUCGGAUCUUCGAGCGAGCCGGGGUGUCGCAGCCCGUCUACGCAACCAUCGGAGCCGGAGUGGUCAACACUGCAUUCACCGUGGUCUCUCUGUUUGUGGUGGAGCGCGUCGGCCGGAGGCCUCUGCACCUCACCGGUUUAAUGGGAAUGGCGGUUUCAGCCAUCUGUCUGACUGUUGCCAUGGCGUUAUUGGACCAGCACAGCUGGAUGUCCUACGUCAGCAUCGUGGCCAUCUUCAGCUUCGUGGCCUUCUUUGAGAUCGGCCCCGGCCCCAUCCCCUGGUUCAUUGUGGCUGAGCUCUUCAGUCAGGGCCCGCGGCCCGCCGCCAUCGCCGUGGCCGGUUUCUCCAACUGGUCGGCCAACUUUUUAGUGGGGAUGUGCUUCCAGUAUGUCGAGCAACUGUGUGGGCCGUACGUCUUCAUCAUCUUCACCAUCCUCCUGCUGGGCUUCUUCGCCUUCACCUACUUCAAGGUGCCAGAGACCCGGGGCCGCACCUUCGACGAGAUCUCGGCCAGUUUCCGCCAGUCGGCCGGUCACGGCGCAGACAAGUACUCUGCCCCCGAAGAGUUCAACACGCUGAGGGGGGACGACCCAGACCUGUGA